CGAUAUUUGCAUCGACGGCAACUAGACUGUCCAAAUUAAACUACAUGAGUUCACCGUGAACAACUUUAAACCAACGCAUUAAAAAAUGUGGGUUCAGCCAUGUGUUUAGAGCAUGUUAUGCAAGCAACAGCAAAGGCCCCAGUGUUAUGGAAUUGAGCUUGGCUUUGAGAAUUUUUCUUUAACAACUAGAGCUCAUUUCCUAAACCCCCACAUGCAAACCAAACCAAGCACGCCGAUGCCCUAAGACAUGCGCUCUUUGAAAUCGACCUCUUUAACUUUUUCACCAAACCCUACUGCCCCAAUGGACUUUCAGAAUCGUGGUGGUAGAGGGAGAGGAGGAGGCUUCCGUGGUAGAUCAAGAGGUCGAGGAGGCUUCCGUGGCCAUUCUCACUCGCGAUUUCAAUCUGUAAGGCUGCCACUUUUUACAUUAUCAUCAGUGUGAUGUUCACAUUCGUAACCAAAAGUAAAACUUUUUCUUUCAUGUUAUUCACUCUUGUCGUAUCCAGAAUCCAGACCCAUAUCAUGCUCCUGCUGAGAACGAUCAAGAAGAUGACGGCAGUAUAGAGUAUCUAAAUCGAAAAUACGGAUCUCUGUAUUCUCCGAUG